GUGAGUCAACGCCGACUGGGCGUGGUACCAGAAAGAGAUUGAUCCGAGCAAGUCCUCCUAAGCAAAGGUUACAUUCCGUCAUGGCUGCUGUUCCUCUAUCCGAAUUGUCGCUUUACCCUGCGACACCGGACCAAGUCCUUGAAUCGCGUAGGCGUCAUGCGCAUCAGUGGCGUAGGAAACUUAGCUUUGAGGACUACCUCCUCAGGGAUCAAAUUAUGGACGCACAAGAGCAGUCUGUGGACAAGAAGAUGACCACAUGGGUAUUAGCUCCUCGGACAGAUCCUACCACGCUUGACUUCAUGUGUUCAUGUGAGAUCUUUCGCCGAAUAGCGAUCUCUGCAGAUCCCUCAGACCCGGCCGCGGGCGCGAAGCAAGUGAUCACUUGCGCCAUAGCAUCCGUGUUCACCCCGCCUGAGAAGCGCAAGAAGGGUUACGCUCAACACAUGAUGCGCCUCCUCCAUUGGGUCGUCGCUCCUCGCUCAGCACUGCCCGAUUUCCCCGAGGCUUGGGGCUCUCCGCCCGAGGUACCCGAGGAGCUCGGGCUGCAGAAGGCGCAAUUCUCUGUUUUGUACAGCGACGUCGGCAAGGACUUCUAUCAGCUGUGUGGGCCUACCGCUAAGCCAGGUGGUGGAUGGCUUGCGAGCGGAGCAGUUGAGACGUCCUGGUAUGCGGACAAGGCAGCCACCGGGUCGACUCCGGGAGCGACAUCGCCUCACAUAUGGCUUACCGAGGACGACGCGAAGCACGUAUGGUCACUAGACGUGCCGUUCAUGAGAGCGGAUGUGGUGGAAGCAGCCAUGACCUCCGGUCAUACUACGAUCUCCCUCCUUCCAACCAAGGGCGUUGGUGCCUACGUCAUACAACGCACGAUGAGCUUCGCGGCAGAUGGGACAUCAGUGCUACCCCUCGACACGUGGGGCGUUCUGCUGCUUCCGAGCUCUGUCGUCGGGGUCGAUGAAGUCUUCGCGGAUCUGGAGACACAGCCCACGUACGCUACCUGGACUCUGGACAGCUUGAACGAGACGUCGCGCGCGCUGGUGACGACCCGCGUGCGCGCUUCGAAGGAGACCUUGCCGGCCCUGCUCAAAGUGCUCACGCAGUUCGCGCUCAAGGAGAAUAUUCAGAAGGUCGAGAUGUGGGGAUUGCCUGAGGGCUUGCAAGCCGUUGCGAGCGAAUCUGGCUGGAAAACAUCCGAGAGGACGGACCAUGUAUCAGCGUGCAAGUGGUACGGGAAGGAGAACGAGAGCCAGCUGAAAUGGAUGUUCAACGAGAAGUUCUCUUGGUGUUAGGUGCGGGAUACGACGCAUCCUCCAAUUCAUGAAAAACGUUGUACAUUGCAAAGCUAUCUUUCAGUCCAUCUUCGUAGACAUCAUCUGUGGCACAUUCAAGAAUAUCGUAACAUUGUGAGGCACGCCGACGCGGUGAUAUCUACAGAGCAGUCCCCCAUCCAAUCACGCUGGGGCGUACUCCGAUAUGACACUCACGGGCUCUCUGUACUGAGCUAUGUGUUUGAAGGCGACGUCAUGCAAG